GAUGUUCUAUUGUUCGAAUGAACUCGCAGGUCUUCACUAAAUGGAACAAGAGUGAGUUGGAUUCGUUCCUCAUCGAAAUCACUGCCAACAUCCUCAAGUACAAGGAUGAAUCGGGCGAGUAUCUGGUUGAGAAGAUUCGUGACACAGCGGGUCAAAAAGGUACUGGCAAAUGGACCGCAAUUUCGUCCCUUGAGCUCGGAACUCCAGUCACAUUGAUCGGCGAGUCGGUGUUUGCUCGCUGUUUGUCUUCUCUGAAGGACGAUCGUCAACUUGCGUCCAAGAUUCUUGAAGGACCAACUCACAAAUUCACUGGAAACCAGGAUGAGGUCGUUGAGCAUAUCAGAAAGGCGCUGUAUGCAAGCAAGAUUGUGUCCUAUGCUCAAGGCUUCAUGCUGUUGCGUGAAGCUGCUAAGGAGUAUAACUGGAAUCUGAACUAUGGCGGGAUUGCGCUCAUGUGGCGUGGAGGAUGCAUUAUUCGAAGCGUCUUUCUGGGGAACAUCAAAACGGCUUUCGAUAAGGAUCCUACUCUCACCAACUUACUUCUGGAUGACUUCUUCAAAACUGCGAUCCACUCAUGCCAAGAGUCGUGGCGAGAGGUCGUUGCUUCUGCCGUGAAGUUGGGAGUUCCUGUGCCAGCUUUCUCUGCUGCUUUGUCGUUUUAUGAUGGAUUCCGCCGCGAGAAAUUGCCUGCCAACUUGAUCCAGGCUCAGCGGGACUACUUCGGCGCGCACACUUAUGAGUUGCUUUCGGAGCCUGGCAAGUUUGUGCACACCAAUUGGACUGGCAAGGGAGGUGAAAUUUCAUCAACGGCGUACAAUGCGUAGAGGAGCUGAGUAUCAAAACUAUUCUUCCUCCUUCUCUGAUGGGUCACGAAUGAUUUGAAUUGGAACUGAAUGAUUCUGAAACUGAUAUUCACGUGAUUCUGCGUAAGUGGUUGCACAAUCGGGAUUCAAUACGAAAAGCUUUUGAAUGUGUUAUUGAAGAGCAAUUGGCUUUGUCUGGAUAGAUUUUAUUUAUUUUUAAUGUCUUUGUGGCUCUGUUUCCUAGCGGGUGGCGAUGAAUAUUUGGAAAUAGAAAUAGUUCUUGUCAUUUAA